GGGCGUGAGGCGGCCAGAGUAAUCCAUGUUAUACUACACGCUGUCAACAACGCAACAUUCAACAGCAUCUGGUCGUGCUACCAAAUUUACACCAGCAUGUCAGUGGAAGAACUUAAACAGAGAAUAAAAGAGUUAGAGGAGGAGCUAAGGAAAGUGAAAAAUGAAGGUUCGGCUCCACGGGAAAAGAUCGCCGAGAUGUCUAGCGAAGUGGUUGACACCAACCCUUAUAGUCGGUUGAUGGCUUUGAAGCGAAUGGGCAUUGUAGAGGACUACGAGAAAAUUCGAACACUUACUGUGGCAGUGGUGGGCGUGGGUGGUGUUGGCAGUGUGACAGCUGAGAUGCUCACGAGGUGUGGCAUUGGAAAGCUCUUACUCUUUGACUAUGAUAAAGUGGAGUUGGCGAACAUGAACCGCCUGUUUUUCCAACCGCACCAGGCUGGAUUGAGCAAGGUGGAAGCAGCAGCUAAUACCCUUCAGUUUAUUAAUCCUGAUGUGACUUUUGAAUCUCACAACUAUAAUAUUACUACUGUUGAAAACUUCGGUCAUUUCAUGGAGAGAAUAAAGAGUGGCAGUUUAACAGGAGGUCCAGUGGAUCUUGUCCUAAGCUGUGUGGACAACUAUGAAGCAAGGAUGGCAAUUAAUCGUGCCUGCAAUGAGCUAGGACAAAAAUGGUUUGAAUCUGGAGUAUCAGAGAAUGCUGUCUCUGGACAUAUCCAGUUUCUUAUUCCAGGAGAAACGGCUUGUUUUGAUUGUGCACCUCCUCUGGUUGUUGCCAGCAAUAUUAAUGAGAGCACCCUGAAGCGUGAUGGUGUAUGUGCUGCCUCCUUGCCCACCACCAUGGGUGUUGUUGCUGGGUUACUAGUCCAGAACACUCUCAAGUUCCUUCUUAAGUUUGGUGAGGUCGCUAACUACUUGGGUUACAAUGCUAUGGUGGACUUCUUCCCAACGAUGACAGUCAGGCCAAACCCUCAGUGUGAAGACAUAUGGUGUCAGAAACAGCAGCGGGAGUAUCGAGCAAAGAAAGCAGCUGAGCCUGAACCAGAGAAGGAAGAAGUAAAGGAGGAGGGAGUGGUGCAUGAAGAUAAUGAAUGGGAUAUCUGUUUGGUUGCUGAAACAACACCAGAGGAAGCUGCAGGCAGUGUGUCUGCACCAAUGACCAACUUGGCUAAAGGCAUCACUGUGGCAUAUGAGAGACUUGCCCCAGUAGCUGAAGAGGCAGGUAGUAAUACAGUGGACACUGAAGGCAUAAGUCUGGAUGAUCUCAUGGCACAAAUGAAGGCUCUCUAAAUUAAUUAAUAAUUAGGUAAUGGUUAUAGCUUCACGUAUAUUAAAAUAGGGUGACUGAUGUUAUGAAACAUCUUUAUUUUUUAGGGAUAGAAUAACAGUUCUCUACAAAUUACACAUCUUCGAUUCAUAAUAUUUCAAAGAUUUGAAUUGAGUGAUUCUCUUUCUCUUGCAAGAGUUCUUUUAGGUGUUACAUUUAUUGGAAAAUCUUGAAAGUACAGUGCGGUCUCAUUUUGCGUGGGAAUAUCGUAAUGGUACACGUCCAUGCAUCGGAAAUCCGCGCAAGCCAUGCCAUUUAACACAUGUUAAAAUUGCUAUAUUGUACAUGACUUGCCAGACCUUUACUCUAGAAAAAUUUUGGUUAACAGGUGCAGACAGCAGACAAUGUUUUCUCCUGAUAUUUCGUGAUGGUUCUGAUGGUGGAUUUGUUGACUUUAUAACGGUGUGCUACGUCGUGUAUGCUCAUCCCAGCUUUGAGUUUCUUCAAAAUUUUGACCUUGGUGUCGUACAAAAAGGCCUGCCACUUCUCACUUAUUUUGCCCUGAGGCCCAUAAGUGUUCCCUUCUUGAUCAGCCAUAGUAACAUCCAGAUAGCAAGGUUAGAUGCGGUGAGGUACACUGCAAGCGGGAGCUGUUCUCAUACUAAAAUUUGAGAAACCAAAUUUAUUAUUAUAUUUUUUUAAAUAAAUAUGGGGAAUAACCCACCCAAGCAAAGGUCAUCGACCCACAACUGGGUGGUGGGGUGGGGGAUAUUGCACUUAGUUUUAUAAUGUAUCAGUACUGUAAUGAAUAAAUAAAAAAUGGGGAAAUCAGCAAUGGCCAGUCCUACCUCCACCCCCCUCCUUUGUAAAGGUCAGGGGAAAAGAUUACCCUCUUUUAUAUUAUAUUAUCAAUAAUAAAAUAUACGGUAGACCAUAAGAGGCUGAUCAUAUAAGAAAAUAAUAAUAAUGAAUACUGUAAAUAAAAUCAAACUGACAAAUCCUCACAUCCAGAGUGAGGGUACAUACUGCAUCUCAUGCUCAUUCAUGAUACAAUAUUGUUUAUUUGUUAUUCUUUAAUUUGUAAAGAUAUUUUACUGUAAUAACCUGUGUUUAUUAAUCCUGUAUCUGUACCCUUCACAUACAAUAAUGUACAAAAUAUAUCUCGAAUAUAUCUCAUAGGUAAAAGGUAACAUAAUCAGAAAUGCAUCUCCAUACACUACAAUAUAUGCAAUGGUAUAAUGACCCCUUAGGGUGCUGUUUUGGUUAGUGCUCUAUUAUUCAGGAUUGUAUCAAGUGUUACUGUAUUACUUACGUUAAGCACUUAUAAUGUCCAAUAACUAAAAUGAAUAAAAUCAUUACAUUGGGGCUAAACAAGCAAAAGAUCACUAAAUUCACGCUAUACCGCUACCCGAGUAACCCCUGGCUUUUCGAGGAAACUAUAACGAUGGUAACAUUUCAACCAACUGUGCCUGUGAGACCCGCAUAAAUUGAGACCCCACUGUACUUAAAUAAUACUUUAUGGUUUGGACUAUUAAAAAGCUUCUGAAAUCAAAGCCCUUGCAAGGCCUUAAAAUUUACAAAACACUUUGAAAACUAUAAAUUUGGCUGUGGGAUUUAAAGCGUUCAACAGGAACCUGAAAAUUUAUACCUUCACAGGUGUUGUGAUAUAUAUAUAUGUCUCUUGAGAGGAAAAGGCUGAAUGAUAAUAUAAUAUAUUUUAAAUGAUUGUGCAGUAAAACCACUCUAAGUUGGACUACAUAGGCUUGAGGCUGCCAGACAUCUAGAAUUCCGACUUUUGUGUAACCUCCCCCUGUGCUUUUAACCAUCGUUUUGCAGACAUAUCAAUUCCAAAAUCAAAAUUGAAGUUAACAGUAUACAGUACAUUUACCUUUAUUAUAGCAGAUGAAUCUUCAGGUGGAGAAUGAUGGGGGCCUGCUUACACUUACAGUAAGUACAUUCACACAUAUUUAAUUACAGUAUACUGUAUUUAUAUUUAUUGUAGUAUCCACUUAAAUCUAGUUACACUUCAGCUUAAACUCCUCACAGAUAAUGCUCACGGAGACCCCAGAAUCAAUUCUGUCACAUCUUCAUUUUCUCUUGAAUUGGAAGAUUUCUUGUGUUAUUUUCUUGUUGCUUGCUUUAGAAGCUAUAAUAAUUCAAUAGGAAAGCACUUAAUACAAACAAGUCAGUGAGUAACUGACGCUUCACCCUGCUGACGCCUCACGUGACUCCUUAAGCCAGAGUCUUAUCUGACUUAGAAAGGUCUUACUGUAUAAAUUACUCCUUUUAAACUUCUGUAAUAAAGCACGGUUAGUUAUUCAGAGUAAUUAUUAAGGUUCUGGUUAAAAGAAGAGUAUUAAAAACAUGAACAAUUCAAAAAUUUCUAAUACUGUAUGUCAUUCCAGCUGCUAUGUUUUUUGUAUAUUUUUACAAUACAUUUUGUCUAAUAAUUUUUACAUUUAAACUAUGGUAAUUGGUUAGAAUAAGUUCAGAGGUAGUAUCGUAUAUAAAUACUAUAUACAGUAUAUAUAGAACAGUACAAUGUGGGGUAUCAAUAACCACAGAAUUGACAAGUGACUCAAUGUAUGCCAUUGUAACAUUGAGUACUGUAUUAAUGUAUCACUGUGAUAUUAGUAAAGACUUUGCAUACC